UCCCCGGCGCCGUCCCCGGCGGCGGCGGGCAUGGGCGGCGUGUGGGCCCCGGGUCGACCGCUGGCCGCGCUGCUACUCACCGCGUCCGUGCUCAGCGCUUCGCUGCUGGCCCCGGGCGCGCCCCCCGAGCCGGACGCCGACGCCGCGCAGCCCCGAGAUGUAGACAAAAAAAGUCACGUGGAGCUGAAGAUGGACCAGGCUUUGCUGCUCAUCCAGAAUGAACUGCCCAAGACCAAUCUGACCGUCUACUGGACCUCGGAACGCUGUCACCGCUGCUUGCCUCAGGUUCUGGCCAGUGUUUACCGGAGCGGGAAGCCGGGGAAGCUGAGCACUGCAGCCGUGGCCGUGAGCACCCAGCACAAAUCCCUCCUGCAGCUUAAUGACACUCUGGGACGGAAAGAGCUUUGCAGGUUGGAAUACAAAUUCGGAGAAUUUGGAAACUAUUCUCUCUUGGUCACCCAUGACCAUAAUGAUGCCAGCGAAAUCGUGUGUGAUCUUCUGGUCAAUAAGAAUCCGAUUGACAGUGAUCUUCCUGUGAGUAUUGCCUUUCUUGUAGGCCUAAUGCUCAUCAUUGUGAUAUGCUUAAUAAAGUUCUUACUCAGCUUGGAUGACUUUAAUAACUGGAUUUCUAAAGCAAUGCAUUCUCGGGAAACGGAUCGGCUCAUCAAUUCUGAGCUGGGAGCUCCGAGCAGGGCAGGCCCCCUCGGUGGCCCUGACACCCAGUCUGAAACAGCAUCUCCGUCUGCCGUCCCGCGCUACCGCUGUGUGGACACGUUCAGGGGGAUAGCUCUUGUCCUCAUGAUUUUUGUUAAUUACGGAGGAGGCAAAUAUUGGUAUUUCAAGCAUGCGAGCUGGAACGGACUGACUGUGGCUGACCUUGUGUUUCCUUGGUUUGUCUUUAUUAUGGGAACUUCAAUUUUUCUGUCCAUGAAUUCUGUACUGCGGCGGGGAUAUUCAAAACUCAAACUGUUUGGGAAAAUUGUAUGGAGGAGUUUGCUGUUAAUAUACAUAGGAAUUGUCAUUGUGAACCCCAAUUACUGCGUUGGUCCAUUGUCCUGGGAGAAGAUCCGCAUCCCCGGCGUGCUUCAGCGCCUGGGGGUGACCUACUUUGUGGUCGCUGUGCUGGAGCUUAUCUUUGCCAAACCUGCGCCCGACAGCAACUGUGAUUUGGAUGAGAGAUCCAUAAUGCUUCGAUACUUCAUGUCAGACUGGCCCCAGUGGAUGAUUGUCCUGAUGCUGGAAAACAUCUGGCUGGGUGUGACCUUACUGCUCCCAGUUCCUGGAUGCCCCGCAGGUUAUCUUGGCCCCGGGGGCAUCGGCGACUGGGGCAAGUACCCCAAUUGCACUGGAGGAGCUGCCGGCUACAUUGACCGCCUGAUCCUGGGCGAUGACCACCUCUACCAGCACCCUUCUCCAGCUGCGCUGUAUCACACUGAGGUGCCCUAUGACCCGGAAGGAAUACUUGGGACCAUCAACUCAAUUAUGAUGGCAUAUUUGGGAGUUCAGGCAGGAAAAAUACUCCUGUAUUUCAAGGAUAAGACCAAAGAAAUUCUCCUCAGAUUCAGUGCCUGGUGGUUUGCUCUCGGACUUAUUUCUGCUAUUUUGACGAAAUUUUCUGAAAAUGACGGAUUUAUGCCAAUUAACAAAAAUCUCUGGUCCAUUUCCUACGUGACCACCCUGAGCGCAUUUGCCUUCUUCAUCAUGCUCAUCCUGUACCCCGUUGUGGAUGUGAAGGGACUGUGGACAGGAGCCCCGUUCCUUUACCCAGGAAUGAAUUCCAUUCUGGUGUAUGUUGGCCACGAGGUAUUUGCAAACUACUUUCCCUUCCAGUGGAAGCUGGAGGACAGCCAGUCGCACAGGGAGCACCUGACCCAGAACAUCGUGGCCACGGCCAUCUGGGUGCUCAUUGCCUACGCCCUCUACAAGAAGAAGAUCUUCCUGAAGAUCUGAGGGCCGCUGCUGGGAGACUGGUCUGGGGGAGCUAAGGAGCCUCCACAAGCCUUUCUAUGACCUGGACAGACUGUGCAUUGCCACGUGAUUGGGUGAUCCAUGGUGACGUGGUUUUCAGACUCUGCCUGUGUACCUGGGACCUAUGUAUUUGGGCAGUAAUUGUCUUUCUAUUCCAUCUCUUCUGUAAAUGGAAUCAUUGGAAUUUUAUUCCAUUAACUUUUCUAAAGGGAAUAUCUGAUGGAUAAAACUAAGAUCUAAUUCCUUUUGAUCUUAUUUUCCUGCACACUGCUUUUCUACAUGUUUACAUGCCCAGCAAGAAAACCAUCAUUUUCAUGGUAGCUGACUAUAAAGAUUAUUGAAUGUAGUAAUAUGUUAUUAUAUUUUUUGGUUACUUGCAGCUAUUUCAAGAACUUUUGAGCAGAUCUGGAAAAGCGUUGAUGGGGCCAAAAAAAAAAUGCCUUUAUAACAAGUCAUUUUCUCCUUUUCAUCGCCUGUGAAAAAAGUUGAACCAUAUUGUGUUUCUGUAUUACUCUUAACUUUAGUUAUCUACUACUGUUAUUCCACUACAACAGCUACUGUUACUUUGUCAUUUGUCUGUUCCCUGU